AUGGUGGCUGCCAGUGACAAGCAGACCCAAAACCUGGCCAAGAUUCUGCUAGCCACCACCACGGAGUCCCCUGAGGAGCGGACCCGCUGCCUUCGCCAGCUUGCCAAUGGCCAAGAAAGAGUCUGGUACACUGUAUUAGACUUGAAGGAUGCCUUUUUCAGCCUGCUGCUAGCGCCUCAAAGCCAACCCCUGUUUGCCUUCGAAUGGCACGACCCAGAGGAAGGCUACAGUGGACAAUUAACCUGGACACGAUUGCCCCAAGGAUUCAAGAAUUCGCCCACCAUCUUCGACGAGGUGCUGCAUGAAGACCUCGACGAGCGCGAAGGAGUAGCAAAAGGGGUUUUAACCCAGGCUUUAGGCCCCUGGAGUAGCCCGGUAGUGUAUUUGUCUAAAAAGCUGGAUCCCAUAGUCACCGGCUGGCCACCGUGCCUAAGAAUCAUUGCGGCAACCACGCUCUUAGUUAAGGAUGCCGACAAACUGACCCUGGGACAGGAGAUAUGGAUCAUGACCCCGCAUGCCAUUGAGGGGGUCCUAAAACAGCCUCCUGAUAGGUGUAUGAGCAACGCUCGCAUGACCCACUAUCAAAGCUUGUUGAUCAACCCCCCUAGAGUAUGGUUCCAUCCCAGUGGGGCCCUCAACCCUGCUACCCUGCUACCUGACCCCGACCUAGAUGCCCGACUACAUGACUGUGCGGGAAUCCUAGAGCAGGUACAUGGACUUCGGAAGGACUUGACCAAUCGUCCCCUCCCGGAUGCAGAGGCCACCUGGUUCAUGGAUGGAAGCAGCUUCGUGCGGAACGGGUAUAAGAAAGCUCUUUUGGCUGCUCCAGCCCUGGGCCUACCAGACAUUACGAAACCCUUUUGCCUCUUUGUAGACGAGCGCGAAGGAGUAGCAAAAGGGGUUUUAACCCAGGCUUUAGGCCCCUGGAGUAGCCCGGUAGUGUAUUUGUCUAAAAAGCUGGAUCCCAUAGUCACCGGCUGGCCACCGUGCCUAAGAAUCAUUGCGGCAACCACGCUCUUAGUUAAGGAUGCCGACAAACUGACCCUGGGACAGGAGAUAUGGAUCAUGACCCCGCAUGCCAUUGAGGGGGUCCUAAAACAGCCUCCUGAUAGGUGUAUGAGCAACGCUCGCAUGACCCACUAUCAAAGCUUGUUGAUCAACCCCCCUAGAGUAUGGUUCCAUCCCAGUGGGGCCCUCAACCCUGCUACCCUGCUACCUGACCCCGACCUAGAUGCCCGACUACAUGACUGUGCGGGAAUCCUAGAGCAGGUACAUGGACUUCGGAAGGACUUGACCAAUCGUCCCCUCCCGGAUGCAGAGGCCACCUGGUUCAUGGAUGGAAGCAGCUUCGUGCGGAACGGGUGCAGGUACGUGGGUGCGGCGGUGGUCACCGACACAAACACCAUGUGCGCGGAGGCUCUGCCCCCUGGGACGUCAGCUCAAUGAGCAGAACUCAUUGCACUCACCAAGGCACUGACACUGGGGGCUGGGAAACGGCUUAACGUUUACACAGACAGCCGUUAUGCAUUUGCUACAGCUCAUGUUCACGGGGCAAUCUACCAGGAAAGAGGGCUAUUGACAGCAGAGGGAUGGACAAUAAAAAAUAAGCAGGAAAUCCUCGACCUGCUCGCAGCCUUAUGACUUCCUGCCAAGUUAGCCAUAAUCCACUGCCAGGGACACCAAAGAGCCAAUGACCCGGUAGCGAAAGGUAACCAAAAGGCUGACCAGGCUGCAAAGGCAGUAGCCCUUACCUCGGUCCCUACCAUGGCCUUACAACUACCAGACCCAGGGGACCCAGUCUUACCAGACCAGCCCAAGUACUCCCAGGAAGAGUUGCAACGUAUCAGAAAGCUCCCCAGAGCCCAGGAAAUAAAGGGAUGGUGGCAUACACCAGAAGGAGAACUUAUACUGCCGGAUUGGCUCGGGGACACGAUAUUAAAACAUAUGCACCAAUCCACUCACCUGGGAACCCGGAAAAUGAAGGACUUAAUUCAACAUGCCAGGAUCAAAAUUCACCAGCAGAAUACCAAGAUAGAUCAGGUUGUGUCUGCCUGCAAGACCUGUCAACUUACAAACGCAAGGGUCGGAUCAAAUGAAAAAGGAGCCAGGCUCAGAGGCACCAAACCGGGAGCACAAUGGGAGGUCGACUUCACUGAAAUCAAACCAGGGAAGUAUGGUUAUAAAUAUCUUUUAGUAUUUAUAGAUACCUUCUCUGGCUGGGUAGAGGCAUACCCAACCAAGCAUGAAACAGCUCAGAUGGUGGCCAAGAAGCUGCUGGAAGACAUCUUACCCAGAGGGCUCCAGAGGGCGCACAAGGACAUUUGGCCGUGCCUCCGUGCCAUCUACGAGACCGGCCCAACCCCAACUCCUCAUCAGCACAGACCAGGAGAUUGGGUCUACGUCAGAAGGCACCGCCGGGAGACCCUCGAGCCACGUUGGAAGGCUCCCUACACUGUGGUGCUGACGACCCCCACCGCUCUCAAGGUAGACAGGGUCUCGACCUGGGUCCAUCACACUCACGUCAGGUCAGCGGACCCAUCCGUGAUCCAGGAAGACUUUGUCACCAAAUGGAGCGUCGAUCGAGAUCAACGCAACCCGCUCAAGCUCAAGCUACGGCGUGCUCAACCUGUCUGAUGCUGGUAACCUUGCUUGCGAUCACUCCUGCUACCGGGAGCCCCCACAAUACUGU